ACUGCACGAGUUUAGACUUAAGAAAAUUAUCUACGUUUCAAUUCUCGUGAUAAGGUAAUUAAAUCACUUAUAAAUUCACAUUAAGAACAUUAAUCGACACUUGAUGAAAAUUUUAGUACCGGAACUAAAUUCGCUUUAAUUCAUUAGAGUAUUUAUAGGAAUUAAAGUCUGAACGAAGACGGCGCAGAUGAUGGAAGCUCUUCAGAUUGUAAUAUUGAUCUUGUUUCAUCAAGUAGUCCUCCAUUCGUGUCGCGGUAUCAGCGACUUCCCCGAUUCUCAGGAGUCUGAUGAUGAUGAUCUAAAGUACGAAGACAUCAGAAGUAUACUACGAUUGGUCCCCAAAACACACAACACCUCCCGUAGUCUGCUAGGGAUUAAGAAGCAUAAAGCAGGUCCCAUAGCUAUAAUUCUUGCCCCAUCGAAUAAAGCUGCUAAAUUUCAUCGUAACCAGAAAAUACCCGGACUCGAUAGAGAUACAAAAAAUGGAUUAUACGCAGAUGGUUACACAGGUACAGCUGAAAAAGCAGAAACUGCACACACUAUUGAUAAGGAUAAAUUGGAAGUAGCGGAUCAUAAAAGUUUAGAAAAAUUUGUUAAUAAACAUGAAACAAUCGAUGAAAUGGUAAAAACACCAACUGUAAAGAGCCACAAUUAUACACAUUUCAUUGUAGAUAAAAGUAUAUUAAUGAAUGAUAACGAUGACUCAUCCCAAGAAAUAUUAGAUGAUUCAAAUUCGGUGCCUGAUAAAAUUGAAAAAAGUAUGGAUGAUAAAAAUGAAUUUAAUAAUGGUGUUUUAGACGAUAUCACAACCGGUGAUAAUACACGGGAGGAACGUAAAGAGAAAGACAUAAUAUCAAAAGAUCUAGUUACACCGGAAUCUAUUAACAAAAAUGAUGUAACUUAUUUUAACAUAAUAGAUACUAAAUUACAAAAUCUUUCAGAAAUGAAUGACGGCGAGCAUGAUUUGAAUAAGAGUUCAACUAAGGUAUCUGUGAAUUAUAUUUUUGGAGAACAACUUAAUAAAGCGCUGAAUGUGUUUAAUCCUGAUAUAGAGUGUAUUCGAACCGAUGUCCGAAAUUGCUCCUAUAGAGUCAUAAACCUACUGUUUAAUUUUCAAAGAUAGGAAAUAGUUUCUAAAGUUUAAUUUGAUAUUGGAUCUUGAACUAUUAGAUUAUUUUUAAAUGAAUUAUAUUAUAGUGCUACUAAUCUAUAUCAUUGUUCCAAGAUUUCUCCUAUACAUAUUUUUAGCUGACAUAAUUAUCUACGCAAAAACAGAUUUGGUCUACGGUUCUAUGGUCGGUCGA